AUGACGAAAUUAGCGGAGAUCUGUAAUAUUCAGGUGCCCAUGGAGGUUAUUAAUUUGAUAGAUGAUGGGAAGAACCCAGAUGAAUUUGGACGUGUUGAAUACUUGUAUUGCCAAAAACCUGAUUGCUUAAGGCAAAACAAAAAAUUCAAGAGCUGGAGAAGUAAUCUGAUCCAGGAACUGGAACAGGAAUUUCCUGUUGCUGCUUUUGUAGCAGAGAGAAAACAGUUUGCACAAGCAGAAAGCACGUUACCAAAUGGUGAAGCGGAGGUGAACAAACUGAGAUGUGAGAAACAUGGAAUUGAGGAAUCAAUUUAA